AUGGCAUCGUCAUUUGUGAACUGUUCCUACGCGCCUGAAGCGAGUGUUGGUGAUGGAACAGCCUUUAAUUACUCGGACCGAACUGGCGGCAGCAGUGUGCUGGACGAACGUGACAAAAGAAUAACACGAACCGGCAGCCUGACAAACCAUUCGUUGCUAAACCUACUGGAACAGAAGCACAAAUUGCUGGAAGCAAUCAACUUGGCGCCACCACCGAAAGGCAACAGCGGUCGGCGCCACUCAUCCGACUCGUUUCCGAUGAUUGAGAAUGAAAAUUACCAGAUUCCUGCGCGUCAGAUCAAAAAACCGCCCGGUUUGCAAUUGGUUCCUCCGCCCGUCCCGAAACGAACUUUUCAAGGAAAGUUCACUCAUCGGCAGGCACAAUCCUUCGAUGGUCAAAAUCGAUCCCCCACUGUAGUAACAUUUGAAAGUUAUUCCCAGCAACCGAAACCCUACUCCCAGUAUCGUCCCGAUAGAAUUUGUCAAUCAGCGUUUGAUGAUCAGACUUUUGGAUUUUUUUCUACGAACAAACCCAAAACCAUCGCAAACUGCCUGUCCAGUGUGAGCACGACAAGUUUCGACGACAUCGGAGAUACGGACGAUUUCUUGAUAUUCAACAAGAAGAUGUCGUCGAUCGAAUCAAACCGUUCUUCCAGUGAUUCCAACAAAUCACAAAUAACCAUCGACACCGGUUACGUGUCAGCUAACGAAAAUGAGCGAUCAAUUUUCACGACUGCCAACUCAACCAAAGGCCCUUUCCGGAGCAGAUUUUCCUCCGAAGACACUCAAUCGUCACAGGAUAGUUUUCUGUCGUCAGAUCUGCAUCGAACGGACACAAUUGACUCCUUGCAGAUGAAUGAUUCGCCUUUCAGUUUGAAAAAGAACGUCUUUAACUUCGAUCCUAAAAGUGGUCAGAUGAGAACCCCUACUACGGUCUCUCCCGAUAAAUUUGACAGUGGUUCAGUUCGCAGUAUCGAAAGUAAAACUUCCCGCCGACUGCCAAUGGUUCCGGUUCGGAAACAGAACAACGUACCACCUAAAAUCCCACCACCUACUUCCAUCACCACGCCUCCAGCGUUGCCAUCGCGCUCUCAACAAGCAUUUGAAUCGCGAAAACUACACAAACUGCAACAGCAACAGCAACAACAACAGCUUAAUAACGCCAUACUAACCCAUAAAUACAGUGUGGACAACGUUCAAGAGCUGUACAGUCGGCCAACCAACAUCCGACGUUCUAUACAGAACACACUAUCGCUCAAUCAGUUGCAUCAAUCGAAACUGAACCAACGGCAGGAUUCUAACAUAUCUAGCGCCAGCUACUCGGCUACCUCGAGUUCCGGAUAUAACUGCAAAAACACUGAAGCUCCUCUGCUGCAGCACACAUCCAAAAUGAAUCGCUCAACGAUGCGAAGCCAACAGCUUCAGCAGCCAAAACAGCAUCAGCAACAAAAACAUCAGCAAGAAGCGCAACAACAACAACAACAGCAACAGGAGCAAACCCAGCAGGCGGCGAACAACCAAUCGGACGCCAUCAAAAGUUCCACAGACAGUCUCAAUCCGGCCACAGCACGAUCCGUACCACCGCGCGUCAGCAUGCGCCAGGACUCGAGCAUUUCGAGCGACAGUUUCAGCCAAACCUCCAGUCCGAGCUAUAACACCAAAAUCAUGGAGGCCCCGCUGUUAUCGCACGCGGCCAAAAUGCCCAAGGUAGCGAAACCGAUCGCACGGAACAUCGACGAAAUCACCAAGGACGUCAACGGAACGGGCUCCGAACAGAACGGAUCGUCGGUCAUAAUCAAGAGCGCGUCAACGCCGGCCAGCUUGCAGACGAUCGUGCGCCUGUCCAACGGAUCCAAUGCAUCGCUGCAGGGCAAGAAACUGAAGGUUCUAAAAUCGAAAAAAAUCGCCAGCCGUUGCCCGCGCGGUAGCAGUUGGAAUUUCCGCAUCGCCCAGAUCGGCAUCAAUAUCGUUCUGCUGGCUCUGCUGGGACUCAGUGCGAUGAUCUACACCAAGAUGAAUCCCACCACGACGACCACAACCACGACGCUUGAGACGGUCGUACGGACCGUGCAUAAUCGAACGCCUUCGGUCGAAUCGACCAUCGCCCCCUACAAAGUGGACCGAAAUCCGGCACCCGGAGUUUGCCUUCCUGUGAUCGUCAAGUUCUGCCAGCAGCACAAAAUUCCCUACAACUAUACCGUGUUUCCCAACUACAUCGGACAUUUCGGCCAGCCGGAAGCGCAAAUGGAAAUUGAUCUGUUCGAGGCGCUGGUCGACGUCCAAUGCUAUGAGCUUGUGCCACUGUUCUUAUGUUCUCUGUUUGUGCCUAAAUGCGGUAUCACCGGGACGACGGUACCGCCUUGUCAGAGUCUAUGUACUGAAACUAUGAGACGAUGUAGCUUCUUCUUCGAUGUUUUUGGACUGGAACUGCCGGAGUAUCUUCGGUGUCCGAUUUUUAGUGAUGCUAUUUCUGACCAGGAAGAGUGUGUUGGGAUGGCCGAAUACAAGGAGUCGUUGUUGCGCGCUAGAAGACCGGUAAGCUGUUCCGGGUUUUUGUGUGAUGAGCGGCGCUGCAUACCGAGUGAUUGGCGCUGCGACGGUCACGUCGACUGUCAGGAUCAAACGGAUGAGUCGCACUGCGAUUUUUGUGGUGAUAAUGCAAUCCAUUGCGGUGAUGGACGAUGCAUGAGUCAGAAGCAUAUGUGUGACGGUAUUCAGGAUUGCCCGUAUGGUCAGGAUGAAAGAAAUUGUAUUCGUUUGAGUGAGCGGAAUGGUGACUUAGGACGAGGUACUUUAGAAGUAUAUAAAGGUGAUAUGAAACAGUGGGCUCCAGCUUGCGUGAAAAACUGGGAUCCGGCCACUUCGCCAACGUUAAUAUGUUCAAUGCUUGGUUAUAGCUCGGUCAACUCCAGCCGGACUACAAUGAGAGGUUCUAACAGAACGCUCGUCGGCACCAAAGAUGCUUCGUCUAUGUGGCGAAUGUAUCAGAAAAAGCACACCAACAUGAUCAAGGAAUUCAACAGCUGUGACAUUAAUUCAAGAUAUCCGGUAGCAGAGUUAACCUGCUCUAACUACGAAUGCGGAAAAGUUCCCAACAAAAAAUACUUUAAGCCUCAAACACGUAUAGUGGGUGGAACUUCUUCCAAGCCCGGUGAUUGGCCCUUCAUAGCGGCAAUACUCGGUGGCCCAGAGGAGAUAUUCUAUUGUGCCGGUGUUUUGAUUGCAGAUCAGUGGGUUCUGACUGCCUCUCACUGUAUUGGAAACCACACAAUGAGAAAUGUUAACGAUUGGACAAUCCAGCUGGGAAUCACAAGACGUCACUCACACGCAUACUACGGCCAACGGGUGAAGGUCAAAACGGUGAUUCCACACCCAAUGUACAAUCUGUACAUUCCGCACGACAACGAUAUCGCACUGUUCCAGCUCGCCACCCGGGUCGCUUUCCACGAACAUUUACUUCCGGUUUGUCUUCCACCACCACACAUCCGUGAGCUGCUGCCCGGAACAAACUGCACCGUCGUGGGCUGGGGCAAACGCGAGGAUAGCUCGCUGCCUAAUGGAGUGACAUACGAGCCCGCGCUAAACGAGGUGAAUGUUCCUAUCCUUAACCGAGACCUGUGCAUCGAAUGGCUUGAAAACCUCAACGUAACGGAGGGAAUGAUUUGCGCCGGUUACCAAGAGGGUGGCCGCGAUGCCUGUCAGGGUGAUUCCGGUGGACCACUUCUCUGUCCGUAUCCGAACGAGAAGGAUCGAUGGUUUGUUGGUGGUAUCGUUUCGUGGGGCGUUCGUUGUGCCCAUCCUAAGCUGCCCGGAGUAUAUGCCAACGUGCCGAAAUUCAUACCAUGGAUUUUGGCUCAGAUUAACAAUCAUUCGGUGUUGCAAACGGACACUAUCGGUCGAUAG